GCCUCCUGCCGUGCGUGUUACAUAACAUACGCGAAGCUCUUAAAAAUGAAUUUCUUCCUGAUUGGGCUGACGCUGAAGUACUUAUUGAGGAACCAAUACUUCCAAUUGAUGAAACGCCAGCACCAGACGCAGAGCUAAUCCGUGAUGCUUUAGCUGAAUAUUUCACCAGUUAG